AUGACUAUCCCUACAAUGAGGCCCAGUCGAUGGUGGCAUGAGCCGUUUGGCGUCGUCCAGACCAAUCUCCGCGAGAUCGAUGCGGGCAUGGAUGUUGAGGUCGUGGCCGACUGGAUCAAAGACUUUGGUGCAACGGCCUGGAUGUGCGGCGUCGGCGGCAUCCAGGCACAGUAUCCCACCGAGCUUGCAUUCCAGACUCGCAACCCAUACCUCGGUGAGAGGCCCGGCGGUGACCUCGUGGGAGAUGCUCUCGCCGCCGCCCACGCCCGAAACCUCAAGUUCCUUGCCCGGAUGGACUUCUCCAAGAUCGCCCCCCACGUUGCUAGCGAGCACCCCGAGUGGUGCUAUGUGUCUCCCCUCGGCAACUUGCAGGAGCACACGGCCGGCCUGAUAUCGGUAUGUCCGUCCGGAGGCUACUAUCAGGAGCGCAUCUUCGACAUUCUGAACGAGGUCACGACCCGCUACCAGAUCGACGGCAUGUUCUUCAACUGGGCCACAAUGAACGAAGAAGAUUACUUCAAGCGCUACCACGGCGUGUGCCACUGCGAUAGCUGCCAGUCGCUGUGGGUGGACUUUGCCAAGGGCCUCAAGCUCCCCAGGGGUCCCGACGACGACAACUACGGCCUCUGGCUGGUGUUCAGUAGGCAGAUUAUCGACGACAUCACUGCACGAAUACGCUCAUUUGUGGCCAAGAGGCUGCCCAAUGCCGCCCUGAUCAGAGGCAAGGCUGCCGAUGUUGUAUACCAAGAGUCAAACAACGAGAUCGGACGCGACUUUUGGCAUCAUCAGACGUCUGAAUGGGUCAGCUCCUGGAUUGCCUUCCGCCCAGAGGUGCCUGUGCUCGCAAACUCGACCUGCUUCAUCGACAUGAGAUACCGCAUGGCCGGGGAAGGGCCCGCCCAGUUUGCGCAGUACCUCGUGCAGUGCAUUUCCCGCGGCGGCACGCCUUCCACCUACAUGAUGGGGACCCCGGGCAAGAUCCCGUACCCGUGCCUCAGCGUCGCCAGCAGCAUCACCAAGUUCCACCAUCGAUGGUCACAUGUCUACUCGCGCAUGCGUCCCUGUGCCAUCACCGGCCUCGUCCGCCCAGAUCGGGGCUACAUGGGGAAAGGGGAGCACGAAUGCGCCCUGUCCGAGUUCCGCGGCCUUUACUCUGCCCUGCAGGAGCUGCAUGUUCCCUUCGACGUCGUCGCCCAGGAGCAUCUGUCGGGAAUGGAGUCCAAUGGCAGUCUGGACAGGUACAGGAACUUGAUCUUGCCCGACCUCGGCCACCUGCGACUCAGCUGCGCAGAAAUUCUCGACCGCUGGGUUGAGCGGGCGAGAGGGGUCCUCAUCGCCACCGGCUCCUCGGGCCAGGGCGAGGCAGGGCGCAUCCAGCUCAGAUCGCUGCCAGUGAAGCGGCGGCGUGCCGCGGUGAGCUCGGGCAGGCUGCUGUGGUCGUCGUACGUGGCGCCUCCCCAGAAGACCAGGUCUGUUCACUACUACAGCGGGCCCACGGUCCCCAUCUAUGGUUCGUCCUACUACUUUGACUGGAAGAAAGACAGCGUCCUCGAGGACAGGGUGCUCGCUCGCGCCCCCUUCGCGCCGCCAGAGAAGGCAUAUGGCAACCUCGAAAUCGACCAGCCCGCCUUUGGAGUGAUUCACCACAAUGCCGGCAAGGGAGCCGUGAUCCCCUUCACUGUUGGACGGGGCUACCGGGAGACGGGCCUCAGCUGCCUUCGAGACUUGUUCAUCCGAGUCUUCAACAGCUGCGCGGUGCAGGAGGACAUCACCUUCGACCUUGCAGAGCAUGUCGAGGUGACUCUGCACCGGACAGGUGACAGGGUGGUGAUACACCUGGUCAACAUGUCGGGAUCCUCAAGGGUCAACUUCCGAACUCACCUGCCCAUAGCGGGAGGCUCCAUCAAGCUUGGUAUCAGCGCCGACGGCAUGACAGCCCGAGCUCUGAGUGCCGACAUGGACCUGGAGAUCGUCCAGGGAGUCAUCAAGCUACCGGUGCUGGACCUUUUUGAGGUGAUUGUAAUCACCGGCUUGGCCACGAGGAGCGAGAAUCGGGACAUGACUGCUGUCAACAAGGUUACGGGGAUGAACGGUGCGGUUAAUGGCACUGCCCCAGAAGCGGCAGACGACACUGUGAAUGGCCAGCAUGUCGAUGGCCUCGACUCGCACACGGGUGUUGGUGAUGCGGGAUUACGCACCAGUGGCGAGCAAAGCGGAGCAGCCGAGGGUGCGGCGAUGGAUCACGUAUGA